AUGCGAUCACUAAAGCCACUGCAAUUAGUGGCUUUUUUAUUGAUUCUCUUCUUGUUAUUAGUUGAGAUAGGCUUGUCGAUCUACGAUCACUCAAUUCUUUGCUCAACGUUGUUAGCAAAUUCGGUGCUAUUGAUCAUUUUGAUGUACCGACCAUUGGACAGCAAAUCGGAAGCGCUAUUCUUUAGAAUAUGCGCCUGUGUGGCUUUUGUGGCGAUUCUUUUCGUUUCGAUCACUCACGCGUUCGAGGCGUUGACGAUAAGUCAUGGAGAAGAUGGAGGAGGAGGACAUGAACAUCAUGAACAAAAUGAGCUUUGGAGAUAUGUGGCCAUUGUAGACACUGUUGUGAAAUCUGUGCUCGUUCUUUCAUCACUCGCUCCAUCUCUGGGUCUCUGGCGUCCAUCACAGCUACUUUUGCACACCCUGGCACCACUUUUGGUGAUCGCUGUCUCAAUCGAUUCUUUCGAAACGCUCCCCGUCAUUCAUUGGUUUGGCGAGAAAUUGGAUGCUGUUCUCUCGCUGGCUGUCGUUGCAAUCUCCAUCGUUCUCAUCAUUCCAGCUUUUAGUGAACUAAAGCCGUAUAUUUUCGUCGAUUCGCCUCCAUUUUUCAACGCAAAAAGCUUCCAAAGUGAAAUCAAUUCCACGUUUGCGGGAAUCAACUGCUCACAUAUUCAUGUCUACAGAUUGUGGCCAGACAGCUUUGAAGCAAUUAUUCAUUUAGAAGUGACUGUGGAUCGCCGAAUGAAGAAUUGGGGUACAAAUGCGAGACAUCGAUAUGAAGAGGUUUCGAAAUAUGUGAGAAGUGCGCUGUGUAAAGGAGGAGCUAAAAAGGUGGUAGUCGAGCCGAAAUUCGUGAGUGAAGGGACAGCUAGAGAGCCAUGGAGUGGAUGUGUUGUGAGUAGAUGUCAAAAAGAUACCGGCUGUUGUCUACCAUCAACUCCAACAAUCACCUCACCACCGGAUAAUUCUAGACCUUCAAAGAGAAGAUGCGCUAACGAUACUGAAGUGAUUGACUAUAUUUUGGAUAUUAUUGAUGACAAGAAACACACUUACAAUAAGUACAAAUUGCCGAAUGUUCCCGUGGAUGUUCGGGUUGAGAUGUGGGUCCAAGAGGUGACCUCUGUCUCUGAAAUGUCUCAAGAUUUCGAAAUCGAUGUUUAUAUGAAUGAGUUUUGGCAAGAUCCGGGUCUUGUCUAUGAACAUCUCAAUCCUUGCCACAUGAAUAUUUCCUUUGAUCAUACGAUGUUGAAAAAGAUUUGGACGCCGAAUACAUGCUUUGUCAACUCAAAAAAGGCAAACAUUCACAGCUCGCCAUUCAUCAAUAUCUUUCUGAUGAUUUUCCCAAAUGGUUCAAUUUGGUCGAAUUGGAGAAUCAAAAGCACGGGCCCUUGUGCAAUCGAUCUCUCGAAAUUCCCGAUGGAUUCAAUCGAAUGCAUACUCACAUUUGAGAGCUUCAAUUACAACAAUAAAGAGGUAGUAAUGCGAUGGACAGAUGUGGCCAUUCAGAUCUUCAAAAAUAUCGAAUUGCCCGAUUUCACAAUGCUCAAUCAUUCGCUGCAUGAAACAAAACAAGUUUAUGCGGCCGGCUAUUGGGAUGAGUUGUCGGUGAAAUUUCCAUUCAGACGACGAUAUGGAUGGUAUUUGUUGCAAGGUUACAUUCCAACUUACAUGACAACAUUCAUCUCAUGGAUUCCCUUUUAUUUGGGUCCGAAGGCUAUCCCUGCCCGUACAAUGAUUGGUGUGAAUGCUCUUCUCGCAAUGACUUUCCAAUUCGGGAACAUCAUCAGAAAUCUUCCUAGAGUCAACUAUGUCAAAGCGAUCGAUGUCUGGAUGAUGGGAGGAAUCUUUUUCGUUUUCGCAUCCUUGAUCGAGCUGGCAUUAAUCGGAUUCAGUACGAGGGGAGAAGAGGGGCAAAAGCAAACAAAACGACCGAUGAGAAGAUGGAACAUGAGCUCAACGAAAGAAGCGCCUCCUCCAAAGAAACUUCAGAGUCCGCUGAUGAAAUAUUUGAGUGAAAAUCUGGAUCUCUAUGCAAGGAUAUUGUUCCCAUGUGCCUAUUCGCUGUAUAAUUUCAUCUAUUGGUGUGUCUACAUGAGAUCGGCUCUUCAAGGAGCUGUCAUG